AUGUCAGGAUCUUUACAAGUGUCGCAGAAGCAGCAGCGACAUCACCUUCUCCAUCAACAUCAGGAGCACCAACUCCAUCAACAUCAGGAGCAUCAUCACCAUCAACAUCAGGAGCACCAUCUCCAUCAACAGCAGGAGCAUCAUCACCAUCAACAUCAUGAGCAUCAUCACCUUCAACAUCAACAUCAUGAGCACCACCACCGUCAACUUCAGGAGCACCACCACCGUCAACAUCAGGAGCACCACCAGAGGCAGCAUCAUGAGAGCAGCCAUUACCGGAGCUCCAAGUCAGCUGUUAGCCAGCAGUCGUUCUCAACUGUCAAGUCCACCAGCCAUCGUGUGAAGACCUCUGUGAAGACAGAGAAGGGGCAGGAGGUUAAACUGAGCCCACUACCCAAGAGAGCUAGACGCCCCUACCUGGCGAUGGAUACGGACAAAGAAGUUAUUGGCUAUGUUAUCCCUGUAUUUAGAGCCAAUCAUGAUGAGGUUCGGGGCCUGAUGGAGGCCCAGGAGGAGUAUUCAACAGAGGAGGAGGGUAUUAACUAUGUGGCCAUGAGGAACCUGUUUGUCAGGGAGGCCAGGGAGGCCACUGAUGUUAAAGUGGUGAAGAAAACCAGGACUAUGCAUGUCCGUGAAUCUGCUGAACUCUUGGAACUGGGCAAGACGAUGGAUGAGUGGACCGAGUUCCGUAAGAAAAUGAACCAAGACAGCCUGACACACCCUCCAGAGUUUAUUGUCAAGCCCCGCGGACAGACUGCCUGGGAAGGCAAGUCUGUCAAGCUGCACUGCACUGUGGCCGGAUGGCCCAAACCCAGAAUUGCCUGGUAUAAAAACAAUGUGCUGAUUGAUGCCAAGGCCCACCCUGAGAAGUACACAGCUGAGAGCAGUUACAACAUGCACUCCCUGGAGAUCAAGAAAUGUGAUUUCUUGGACACUGCUCAGUAUCACGUCUCUGCCCUCAAUGUGAAAGGAGAAGUGUCUUCUGUGGCUACUGUUGUUAUCAAAAGGUUCGGGGAGGAUAAGGCACCAGGUCCGCUUGAUGUUAAGCCACAUGGUUUCUGCGCUGAGCAUGGUGUUACCUUUAAGACCACCAUCAUUGACAAAUUUGAAGUGGCCUUUGGUCAUGAGGGCCAGACACUGAGCGUGGGCUGCACAGUCAUUAUGUAUCCCACUGUGAAGAAAUAUCAACCUGAGGUUGUGUGGUACAGAGACUCUGUGCCCUUGAAGCCCUCCAAAUGGGUACACACCCAUUGGUCUGGGGAACGUGCCACACUCACCCUCAUCCACCUCAACAAGGAAGAUGAGGGCAUGUACACUCUGCGCAUCAACACCAAGUCUGGCUUUGAAACCUACUCUGCUUAUGUGUUUGUCAAAGAUACUGAGGUGGAAGUGGAGGGGGUUCCCGUAGCCCCCCUGGAUGUUCACUGUCAUGAUGCCAACAAGGACUAUGUGGUGGUAACCUGGAAGCAGCCAGCGGUGGAGGGCAGCAGUCCCAUCCUGGGAUACUACAUUGAUAGGUGUGAGGUGGGCACCCACCACUGGGCCCAGUGCAAUGACACUCCAGUCAAGUACGCCCGCUUCCCUGUCACAGGACUGGUGGAGGGCCGUUCUUACAUCUUCAGGGUGACAGCUUUGAACAAGGCAGGAGUAAGCCGUCCAUCUCGUGUCUCAGAGCCAGUGGUGGCCAUGGACCCCUCUGACAGAGCCCGCCUCCAUGCUGGUCCCUCAGCCCCGUGGACUGGGGUGAUCAAGUUCACAGAGGAGGAUCCCACUGUGGGCGUGGUCCCUGGAGAACCCAAUGAUGUUGUGGUUACCGAGGCAACUAAGAGCUACGUGGUGCUCGCCUGGAAGCCUCCAAUCCAGAGGGGUCAUGAGGGAGUCAUGUAUUACAUUGAAAAGCGUAUUUCAGGGACAGAUACCUGGCAGAGGGUGAAUACCGGCAUGCCAGUCAAGUCUCCUCGCUUUGCCCUGUUUGACCUGGCAGAGGAUAAAUCCUACAGCUUCCGUGUGCGCUGCUGCAACUCCGCUGGUGUGGGUGAGCCCUCUGUAGCCACAGAGGAGAUCACUGUUGGCGAUAAACUCGACCUGCCCUCAAUACCAGGCGAUCCAGUUGCCAUCAGGAACACCAACACCUCUGUGGUGGUCUCCUGGGGGGCAUCUAAGGAUGUAAAACGCCUGGUGGGCUACUAUAUUGACUGUAGUGUGAUAGGCACGGAAGUCUGGAUGCCUUGCAACAACAAACCUGUAAAGCAGACCAGGUUUGUGUGUCAUGGCCUGACCACUGGGGCAAACUACGUGUUCAGGGUGAGGGCUGUUAAUGCUGCUGGAUACAGCCACAUGUCCGCUGAUUCUGAUGCUGUGGUUGUACAGGCUGCCAUCUCCGUCACUGGGAAGCCCACCAAAGUGGUCCAGCUGGAAGCUCUCAAGGAUUACAUGGUGUUGGGCUGGUCUGCGCCUGCUGAUAACGGAGGAGCUGAUAUCAGGGGAUACUUUGUGGACUAUAGGACCGUGAAGGGAGGCAUUGUUGGGCAAUGGCACGAAAUGAACCACGAGGCAGUGACUACAAACUCCUAUAAAGCUGAGAACCUGAAGGAGAACGUGUUCUACCAGUUCCAGGUGCGUGCUAUGAACAUGGCAGGUGUGAGCGAAGCCUCUCUGCCCAGUGCAGCUCUGGAGUGCAAGGAGUGGACCCUUACUGUACCAGAUGCUCCUGUUAGUCUUCAUGUGCUGGAGGUACGUGACACCUCUGUCGUGCUGCUGUGGGAGCCACCUGCAUUUGAUGGCCGCACUCCUAUCAAUGGCUACUAUGUGGACAUCAAGGAGGCCUCUGCUGGAGAGGCGUCCUGGAAGGCUGUCCAUGAGAAGGCCGUCAAGACGAAAUACUUGAAAGUGACCGGGCUGAAGGGUGGUAAAUCCUACGUCUUCCAUGUGCGUGCUCAAAAUCUUGCUGGAGUUGGAAAUCCCUCAGCAACCGUAGGUCCAGUCGUGGCCCAUACUCACCCUGGCACCAAGGAUAUUUACGUGGAUGUUGAUGAUGAUGGUGUGAUCUCUAUGAUAUUCGAGUGCUCUGAGAUGAGUGAGGGAUCUGAGUUUGUUUGGUCCAAGAAUUACAAGGCUAUCACAGACAGCUCUCGUCUUACUAUUGUCACCGAACAUGGCAAGUCCAGAGCUAUCUUCAAUGAUCCUUCCCUGGAGGAUCUGGGCAUCUUCUCCUGUGUUGUCACCAACACUGACGGCAUCUCCUCCAGCUACACACUCACUAAGGAGGGUCUCCUGCGUCUUCUGGACAUCAGCCAUGAACACAAGUUCCCUGUUAUUCCCUUUAAGCAAGAAAUGUCCAUGGAAUUGCUUGAGAAGGGUCGCGUGCGAUUCUGGACUCAGCUGGAAAAAUGGACCUCAGACUGCCAAGUGGAGUAUGUCUUUAAUGAUGUCAUUGUUACCGAGGGAAAGAAAUACCAAAUGCACUUCGACAAGUCCACUGGCAUUAUUGAAAUGUACACAGAAUCUCUUGAGGUCACAGAUGAGGGAACCUUCACCUUUAAUCUGGUGGAUGGCAAAGCUAAGGGCACAACCAGUUUGGUGCUCAUUGGAGAAGAAUUCAGGGAGCUUCAAAAGAAAUCUGAAUUUGAGAGAGCAGAAUGGAUCAGGAAACAAGGUCCUCACUUUGUGGAGUACCUUGGCUUCACCGUGACUCCAGAAUGUGACGUGCUGUUGAAAUGCAAGAUAGGAAAUAUCAAAGCAGAGACUGAAAUCACCUGGUUCAAGGAUGACAUUGAGAUUAGAGAGGAUGACGAUGAUGCUGUGAAAAUCGAGAACAAGGAUGGUGUGCUGACCUUUAAUAUUGGAAAGUGCAUUAUUAAGCAAGAGAAAAAAGAAAAACCGGGAAAAAAGACACCUGCCGACGACGUUCCCCCGAUGCCACGACCCAAAAUCUGCAAGAAGGACGCAGGUAUUUACAAGGUAACCCUAAAGGACGAGAGAGGCAAAGAUAAGAGCACCUUCAGUCUGACAGAUGAGGGCUACCAGACUGUGAUGAAUGAGCUGUUCAGAGUUAUUGCCAACUCCUCCACUGAAGUUAAAGUUGUCAGUACUGAACACGGCAUCAUCCUCUACUCCAUGGUCACAUAUUACACUGAGGAGCAGCACGUUGGUUGGCUUCACAAAGAUGCUAAGAUGGCUGCCUCAGAGAGAGUUAAGUCUGGAGUCACAGGAGAGCAGCUUUGGCUUAAGAUCAAUGAGCCCACUGAGAAGGACAAGGGCAAAUACACCAUGGACAUCUUUGAUGGCAAGGACGGUGUAAAGAGGGUCUUUGAUCUGGCUGGCCAGGCAUGGGAAGAGGCAUUUGAAGAAUUCCAAAGGCUCAAGGCGGCAGCAAUUGCAGAGAGAAACCGCGCUCGUGUUGUUGGAGGUUUGCCAGAUGUGGUUGCAAUCCAAGAGGGCAAGUCCCUGAACCUGACUGGCAAUGUCUGGGGUGAGCCGGUACCUGAGGUAUCCUGGAUAAAGAAUGAUAAGGAGCUGAUAGCUGACAGCCACUACCAUCUCAAGUUCGAGCACGGAAAGUAUGCCAGCAUCACAAUCGACGCCGUCACCACAGCUGACUCUGGCAAAUACGCUCUCCUGGUCAAGAACAAGUACGGCACAGAGGCCGGUGAGUUCACCGUCAGCGUUUACAACCCAGAAGAAGAAGAAAAGGAAAAGGAGGCGAAGAAAGACUAAAGAAUGAUGUAGUGUAAUGAAAUAAAGCACAAAAGAUGAAUGACUGGGCUAUCUCCAAAGCAUUUUACCCUGGCACAUGCCGGUGCACCACAGCAGUCAAAAAUAAAUGAUGAAUACAG